AUGGCGCCUGGCACUCGACGCGCGAACCGCAGCGGCUACGCCGAACAUGAUGACUUCGAGGGCCUCCCCGUCCGCCAAUGGCGCCAGGAGUGGGUAAACGUCCAGCCGCCCCAGCAGACCGAGACGACGCAAAAGAACGACAUCUGGGACGUCGAGCUCCCGUGGGGCAUGCCCAAGGACGCGGGUCUGCUGCCGCAACACAGCCAGGACCUGCUGCGCGCGGCGCGGUCUGGUGUUCUGUACAAGCGCCCUGCUCCGGCGGAGGAAGACGAGGAGAACGCGGACGCGGUGGCUGAGAAGCCCGAGAAGAAGGAGGACGAGACCGCGGACAAGGGUUUCCAGAUCAAGGUGUGGAAGCAGAUCAACCGUAACUCGGAGGGUACUACGGUCUCGCACCUCGCGAAGCGCAGGAAGGGCACCGUCACGAUCUCGUCCAAGACGGUUGCCGCUACGCCUGUCGGCGCGACGGUAACUAGGGCUACCGUGCGAAAGAUGGAUGCGGCGGGCAACCCGUACACGCAGGAGAUCACGCUGCAGGAUGGGCAGCAGGUCGAGGGCGAGAUCAUUUCGACGACGGUGGUGCCUGUUGCGGCCCUCGAUCCGGCGCAGCAGCAGCCCCAGCGCGUCAGACGGCCGCCCCCGCCCAAGAAGAAGAACAAGCCUGGUCCUGGGCGCGGGCGCAAGAAGAAGAAUCUGCCUUUGCCUGCGCCGGUUCCUGGUGCACCUGCCGUUCCUAGCGCUGUGCCGCCUGUGGAGGGUGCUCCAGUCGUGCCCAAGGUGGAGGGAGCCGAAGGACCAGAGAACGGUGUUAUCAAGCAGGAGCGCGAAGAUUCGAACAAACCAGACAGCGAGAUGGCCGACAACGAUGACGAUGAGGAGGGUGACGAUGAUGGUGACGAUGGAGAUGACGGCGACGACAACGAGGAGGAGCAUCGCGAGGGCGAAAACACAGACAGUCAAAGCCAAGACCACGAGAUGACGGACGCAUCACCAUCCAUUCCGACACCGACAGUGGUAGACGCAUCGAUUGUAUCUACCGAACCCGAGUCGCCCUUGGCCAGCCGGUCUGGGCAACCUCCGAACCCCAUCAACCUCGCACCACCUCUUCCCGCCAUGCAUUUGGCAAACUCCUCGCCAAGGGGAAGUCCUCUCAAGAACGUCGUCUUGCCCUCUCCCACCGAGGCGUCGCCACAAAUCUCGCCCAUUGCGGAGAUCUUGGCCCCCUCUGCUGCUCCAGCACCCAUCGCAUCAGAGGCCCCUGCAGCUCCUGAGGCGCGCGCCGUCCCUGAAGCUGCUCCCGUCCCAGAGCCAUCCCCAGUUCCAGUUCCUGCGCCAGUCGUCGAGUCUCAGCAGGAGGACGUGAACAUGGCCGACCAGCCCGAGCCCGCUCCCGAGGCGCCAGCCGAACAGCCACCGGCUCCUGCGUCUGAGCAGCUCCCCCUGGAUACGACUUCGGAGUCGGUCAACGAGACGUACAUUCCGCCUGCUGAGAAGGUCGGUGACAUCGUCUCUCCGAUGGCAGAAACGAGAUCCACCUUCUCUUUGGCAACCACGGCAGAGACAGAAGGCUCCGGGUCGAGGAUAGAAAGCGCCGAUCAGACCAUUGCGUCGAAUGAUGCUCCUCAGGAGGAUUCGAUGGCUCUGGAUAUUCCUGAGAUUCCUGAAGCCUCUCAAGGACCCGAGAAUGCCUCUGUCCCCGAGGUCAAUGAAGCUCAGCCGGUCGCCAAGUCACCAUCAGCUCCGGCUGUCGAGGAGCAGCCGGCUCCCUUGGUCCAGGAGGACUCGGAGAUGAAGGAUGACAGCGCGCCAGCCCCGUCGGUUGCUACUGAGCAGCUUUCUUUCCCAGACCCUGUGGAAGAGAAGGGGACGAGCGAGCCUAUGAUUGAGGAUGUCCCUGCUACUGUUGCGCCUACGGAACCUGAGCAUCACCCUGAGCCCAUCAAGUCGCCUAUGAAGUCUCCUGUCAAGUCUCCGCUGAAGUCGCCUGAGCCUGUCGUUGCACCUAUCGAGCCUUUACCGCCGAUCGAGGCAGCGGCGGAUGUCCCGAGCGAUGCACUCACUCAAGCACUGGAUCUGCCCCCCGUCGAGACACCUGCGGAGGUUCCAAUUGAGGCGCCUGCACCAGCACCCAUCGAACCCACGGUCGAGCCCGAAGCGCCUGCGGAAGAGCUCCCUGUUGACAUCCCUGUUGAUAUCCCCGUCGACAUUUCUGCCGAUAUUCCCAUGGAUACUUCAGUUGAUGCUCCCAUCGAGACAGCCGCAGAGCCCCAGGUGGACGCAGCCGUCAAAACCCCCAGCGAGGCUCCCGUCGAAGCUCCGACACAGCUGCCCGCUGAUGCCCCACCAGCGCCCAUUGAACCGCCAGUUCAGACAAUCGUCGAACCCCCGACUGAGCUAUCCGGCGAGAGUCCGACAGCGGAACCCGAGGCCAACCCGCCUGCCGCCGCGGAAGUGCCACUCGUCCCCGGUGUAGACGAAGGUCCCGAUUUGUUGGCUGGUUUGGAGACGGAGCUGGACCGCCAGGCCGAGAUGAGCAAGUCUCCUCUGCCCGAACCACCCGCAGCCCCGCACCCGGAGCCUGCCGAGCUGCCGCAUGUAGAGAACCCGGUGCCUCUGCCUGAGGUCCCUCCCAUCGAGCCGGAGAAGCCUGCUGAGGAACCACCGAAGGUGCCUACCCCUGAGCCCGCAGCUGCGCCUGUGCCUGAGCCUGCGCCGGAGACGGCUCCUGCUGCUGAUCCGACACCGGCGGUUGACGCCCCUGCCUCCGGAGAGCCUGCUGCCACCGGCGACGACCCUGGGGAGAAGAUGGAGACGAAGACGGAUGAGCCUGCUGACCCUUAG